GUAAAGGAUCAAUAAAGUUACAAGUUACAAUUAACAGUCCACAUGAGAUUGAAGAACAUGAAGAACUUUAUUGUACUGCUGUUUCUCUUCUCGUGUGCUGCUGCACUAGCUCCUCUGCAGAGAGGAGUCCUGCGAGCACCUCCAACACCCCCAGGAGUUAAGCUACCAGAGCCACAAUGGAUGGUGCAGUACCUGGACCACUUCAACAAGGACUCAAAGACCACAUGGAAUCAACGUUACUUUACAAACGACAGCUUUUGGGACAAAGAGAGUGGACCCGUGUUUCUGUUGCUGGGAGGGGAAGGACCGGAUAAUCCUGCAUGGCUGGUUGCAGACACAGAGAUUAUGAUAAAUGCACAGAAGUUCAAGGCACUCGUCAUCACCAUUGAGCACAGGUUCUAUGGGGAGAGUCAUCCCACCUCUGACCUCUCCCUGUCCAACAUGAAAUACCUGAGCAGUCGCCAGGCCCUCGCUGACGUCAACUACUUCAUCGGAGUUAUGACCAGCAUGUUAAAACUAACGGACAAGAAUCGCUGGGUCUCUUUCGGUGGCUCAUACUCUGGUGCCCUGUCUGGGUGGCUGAGACAGCUCUAUCCUGACAAAGUGGUGGGAGCAGUGGCCACCAGUGCUCCAGUGUACGCCAUUGAAGACUUCUCUCAGUACCUCGAAGUGGUGUCUGCCUCUCUAGGUUCUUCCUCUCACGGUGCUGAGUGCGUGAACGCCAUUAAGGAAGCCACUACCCAGGUGGACUCAUGGCUCGGUAAUAAAAACACUUGGAGCAUGGCUGAAAGAACAUUUAACAUUUCUCCUCCUCUGGAGUCAGAGAUGGAUGUAGCACUGGCUGCUCAGAAUCUGGCCGGAAAUUUCAUGGGUGUGGUCCAGUACAACAAAGACAACACGGCCUUUGAGGGCCGUGCCAACAAUGUCACCAUCGAGGUCCUGUGCUCUGUGAUGGUGAACACAGAGCUGGGGUCCCCUGUGAUGAGGUAUGCAGCUGUCAACAAGCUGAUGAGCGGCAACGAAUCACUGGACUGUAACUACAAGAGCCUUAUCAAUGAGAUGAGCACUACCGACUGGUCCCAUCCGCUCGUGAUGGGAGGAGCUCGUCAGUGGUACUACCAGACGUGCACAGAGUUUGGGUACUUCCAAACCACUGAUUCCACGAACCAACCGUUCGGCAAACUCAUCUCUCUCCUCUCCUACACCGACGUCUGCAACCAAGUGUUCAAAAUCGAUGCGACUGCAAUAAAGAAUGCCAUCACCUCGACCAACGCUCACUACGGGGGGAGAAAUGUCACUGGCACUAAAAUAGUGUUCCCUAAUGGCUCUAUUGACCCCUGGCACCAGCUCAGUGUUGUUAACGAUAUUAGCCCAAGUGUGCGGUCCUUCUACAUUCAUGGAACAGCCCACUGUGCCAACAUGUACCCACCAAGUCCACAAGACCCUUCAGAACUCACACAGGCUAGAGCUAACAUUACAGCAGCCAUUGGGACUUGGCUACAGUAGAGACGAAUGUCUAUUGUUUGCUGAUCGUGUGCUGAUAUAGUUAUGUGUUGUUUAUAUUUGCCUUGUUAAGUUAUUUUCAUGUUUGGUCACUUUUGUACGUGUUACUGGAUUGCAAUAUGUGCAGUGCUUUUC